UAUCCGUUCUCGAAAAAUUAAGUAAAAUUCACAAACCGACCCUGAGUAGACCAUUUAAACUAUAAAAACCUCCAUAUUCCGUCGCUAACUCGCUUAAUACUUUCAACAGAACCGUACCUACAUUGACUACUGUCAAAAAUUUAUACCUAUCACUAGAUGAUAUUUCAGUUUCAAAUAAUAAAAAAGUUGCGUACAUUUGAGGAAUCAUAAAGAUUUUAAGUCACGCUGAAGAAAGCAAUCACCGAUCUACAAGCUUCAAUUUCGUGGUUUGAGCACAUGCAAUAUUUGGGAUGCGACCACGUGGAGGCGUCAGAGCGUUGGGUGUGGGCAUCUUGUUGCUGGCUUAUCGCAUCAUGAGCGCCGGCCUGCAGUACAUCCCUCCUGUCACGCUCGCCCUCAUAUUGCUGCAGGCUGCACUGUUCACGGGCGUCUUGAACCCGCCGUGGACGAGUGACACGGUGUGCCUGAGCGCGCAGAGCGUGCUGGUGUGGGGCGACUACAGGCGUCUGCUGCUGGCGGCGCUGGAACACACCAGCGACAUGCACCUCUACUACAACAUGAGCUCGCUGCUCAUCAAGGGCGUAUCGCAGGAAAAAAGACUUGGGUCGCGCGUGUUCUUCAUGCUGAUAUUGCUGUUGACUGCAGCGACGAGCAUGUCCUACGUAGGGCUGAUGGAGGCAGCAGCACGAUACCUGCAUCCUUCGUACAGGACUCAGUGUGCCAUAGGAUUCUCAGGCGUGUUGUUCGCGCUGAAGGUGGUGAGCACCUACCACGAGUCCCGCGGUUACGAGACGGCGUCCACAUCCCUGCUGUGGCACCUGCACAUCACGGUGCCCACGCGCUACGCCGUGUGGGUAGAGCUGCUCGUCAUUCAUAUUCUCGUCCCGCGGUCGUCUUUUGCUGGGCAUCUUGCCGGCAUCCUAGUCGGUCUCGCUUAUGUCACUACAGGUUUUGAAAAAACUCUCUACGACAUUGACUACAUGUUCAGGUCCAUUUUCUUGGGUGAAUCUUACACUUACGCACGGGGUAGAGCAAGAAGAACCCGCGAUAAUUUUGAGGAUGAACCUGGCCCUAGAAUGCGCUACUACGGGAGGCCGGAAGAGUACCGGGCGUAUUCAAGGGAAGAUUUCAACCCAACCAGGAACUUCGAGCCCAUGUUCGCUGAAACUUCCAGGCGUAGGAGACACCAGGCAGCUCCCAGUCCCUCUGCCCCCUCGGCGGAAGACGUUCAUGAACCCGCGCUGCCCGCGGACCCCGAAGAGCUGCGCAGGCUGCGACUCCAACGUUUCCAGUGAGGCAUUUCUCUUUGCUCGUGAAAUCAAUAAGACGCGUGUGAAGCCUACGUGUUGUGCAGCUGCAAGUUAAAGCGUGCCAUUGUAUCAAUGAGGCUUUCUUUCAAUUAGAUUGUUAAUCGGUUACAAGUAUCAAUACGUCUUGCAAAAUGAACUAUAACACGCGUUAUCUAAUGAGUUAACAAUGGCAUUAUUCUUGUAUAAAAUCAGCAUUUCAUGCUCCCUUAUAAAUUGUAAGGUUUUUAUGCUCAGUACUACAAAACUUCUAAUUUUCUGUGAUCGUAUUUUAUAUAGAAUCGUGAUGACAUCAAAUACUAAAGUCAAUGGACGUGUUAUUUCUUUACGUUUCUGGUUCUUUCAGACAGGAGGUGACAGAUUAAUCACAAAUUCGAUAUCAAUUUGGAUUCGAGAAAAAUUGAACUUUACGAUUUCAUGUAUAUUCUAAUUUAGCAUAUUAAUGCGUUAUAAUCAAAGUUAUCUAAUAAACCCCGUACAGGAUUCUCCAUUGCGUUGGAACACUUGAUUCAUCCCCAACCUUAUUUGCUAGUCAAGAAAUAAUUUUCGACCUUUUGGAUUUUCAGACAAAAAUCUAAAAAUCGUAAAUGAAUGGUAAAAUAUUAUUACCAAGUGAAAAAUGACCAUUCUCACCAUUGGCUAUUUCUGAGCAGCAAUCGUGUGGACUUUGGUGAA